CCUCUCCGCCGCAGCUCUCCCAGCCCUCAGACGAAUCUCUCUAUCUUCCCUCUUUCGAUUUCCAGCCACGGCAACCAGUGAUUUAAGCUGUCUAUUUCGUUGCGCGAAAAAGAUUGCGUUUGUCCGCGCUUUUCCCGGCGGGUAAACGGGAGGACAACAAACAGAGCAGUUAAUACGUAGAAAACAAGGCUGAAAACCAAACAAAACUUGGAUCUGUUGCGUUAGCGUUCCGUAACCAAAGCGGAACAUACCUCAAUCUCUCUUGUGAUUAUUUCCUCUUUUCUCUGGACGAGAAAAGGCUGUUUACUUUGGGUUCGAGCAGACGGGCUUUCUUACUUCUCAGAGGCGUGAUAUAAAACGUGUUUAGCCUAAACGCGACAGGCACACAUUUUGCACGUAGGAAAAGCGACUAAUUCCAUCCUGCUGGUUGACUGGUAUCGAUUCUAAAGUUAGUUUUCAGAUGCAGAGUAAACAAACACGGGUUGCAAGCGAAAAAAAGACAUUGACUAUCCGUGCAAGCGUUUACUUGGAGACCUUUUGUGUGUUUCUUCAUUGAGAGUUUCGAGGAGAAGGCUUGUUUUUGAUGCGCUGAAUGAGAAAGAACAUGUGCGGCUUUCACCUCUUCUGACAACCCUUCAGACCCAAGUUUCUCGCUGGUUCAUCUAGAGUACAAUACAUCCUUGCUGCUGUGGUAACAUGUCUGACCUGGAUCAUCCUCUUCAGAAACCUUUUCUCUGAUGCUCGUUUGCUCUCAAAACAGUUCUGCUCAACGUCCCAGUAACUUGUGAACUUGUCACUUACCUGAAGCAUUCCUUCAUCACCCAGUCUUACGUUUACAAGUGGAUUGAUCCGAAAUCUCACGUCCUGAGGCCUGAGGAGUGACUGAAACUCAGCGAGUCGAGAUGGCUAACAACACUGCAGACCACCCACCGGGGAACUCGGUCGCCGAGGUCGACCACGAAGGCGACUUUGGCUGCACGACGAUGCAGCUCCGUGAGCUGAUGGAGCUCCGCAGUGGCGAGGCGGUCAACAAGAUUGCAGAAUGCUACGGAGAUGUGCAAGGCAUCUGUCGCAGACUCAAGACCUCACCUGUCGAGGGCCUCUCUGGUAACCCUGCUGAUUUGGAAAAGCGUCACACAGUGUUUGGUCAAAACUUCAUCCCCCCUAAGAAGCCCAAGACCUUUCUGCAGUUGGUAUGGGAGGCCCUGCAGGAUGUCACCCUCAUUAUUCUGGAGGUGGCAGCCAUUAUUUCUCUCGGCCUGUCCUUCUACCAUCCACAAGGGGAAGGCAACGACCACUGUGGCCAAGCAUCUGCUGGUGUUGAGGAUGAGGGCGAGGCCCAGGCAGGCUGGAUUGAAGGUGCCGCCAUCUUGUUCUCCGUUAUUAUCGUUGUGCUGGUGACCGCCUUCAACGACUGGAGUAAAGAAAAGCAGUUCCGUGGGCUGCAGAGCCGCAUCGAGCAGGAACAGAAGUUCACGGUCAUCCGCAUGGGUCAGGUCAUCCAGAUCCCGGUGGCUGAAAUCGUCGUGGGAGAUAUUGCACAAAUCAAAUACGGUGACCUUCUCCCAGCUGAUGGUAUCUUGAUCCAGGGUAAUGACCUGAAGAUUGAUGAAAGCUCUCUGACUGGGGAGUCCGAUCAUGUCCGCAAAUCUCUGGAGAAGGAUCCCAUGCUCCUUUCUGGAACUCAUGUGAUGGAGGGAUCUGGCCGAAUGGUGGUCACUGCCGUGGGCCUGAAUUCUCAGACUGGAAUCAUUUUCACCCUUUUGGGCGCCGGCGGUGAAGAUGAGGAGAAGAAGGUGAAGAAAGGUAAAAAACAAGGACCCCCUGAAAAUCGCAACAAAGCUAAGACCCAGGAUGGCAUUGCUUUGGAGAUCCAACCGCUGAAGAGUGAGGAAGGUGCAGAGUCAGAGGAGAAAGAAGAAAAGGAGAAAAAGAAGGUCAACAUCACCAAGAAAGAGAAGUCGGUCCUGCAGGGCAAGCUGACCAGGCUAGCUGUUCAGAUUGGAAAAGCAGGUCUCAUCAUGUCUGCUGUGACCGUCAUCAUCCUCAUCCUGUACUUUGUCAUUGAUACAUUUGGCGUCCAGGGUCGCGAGUGGACAGCAGAGUGCACUCCGAUCUACAUUCAAUACUUUGUGAAGUUUUUCAUUAUUGGCGUGACCGUGCUGGUGGUAGCCGUGCCCGAGGGGCUGCCUCUAGCUGUCACUAUCUCUCUCGCUUAUUCUGUCAAGAAAAUGAUGAAAGACAACAACCUGGUGAGGCACCUGGAUGCCUGUGAGACCAUGGGUAAUGCCACUGCCAUCUGCUCUGACAAAACUGGAACGCUGACUAUGAAUCGCAUGACAGUCGUGCAGGCUUUCAUAGGCGACACACACUAUAAAAGCAUUCCUGAAUCAGAGGCCAUUAAUCAAGAGACUCUUGAGCUACUGGUGAACAGCAUCUCCAUAAACUCAGCCUACACUACCAAGAUCCUGCCUUCUGAGAAGGAGGGGGGUCUGCCAAGGCACGUGGGUAAUAAGACAGAGUGUGCCCUUCUUGGUCUGGUGUUGGACCUGAAGAGAGACUAUCAGCCUAUCAGAGAAGAGGUUCCUGAGGAGAAACUUUAUAAGGUUUACACAUUCAACUCCUCUCGGAAGAGCAUGAGCACUGUCCUAAAGAACACCAGUGGUCCCGGCUUCCGAAUGUACAGCAAAGGCGCCUCUGAGAUUGUCCUGCGCAAGUGUUCCCAUAUCCUUGAUGCUUCAGGCCAGCCACGUGUCUUCAAGGCCAAAGAUCGGGAUGAGAUGGUGCGGAAAGUGAUCGAGCCAAUGGCCUGUGACGGGUUAAGGACCAUUUGCAUAGCCAUGAGGGACUUCACAACAGAGCCAGACUGGGACAACGAGGCUGACAUUCUGAAUGACCUGACCUGCAUCUGUGUUGUGGGCAUUGAAGACCCCGUUCGUCCUGAGGUCCCUGAGGCUAUCUCUAAAUGUCAGCGAGCAGGCAUCACUGUCCGAAUGGUCACUGGAGACAACAUCAACACAGCCCGCGCCAUCGCCACCAAAUGUGGAAUCCUGCAGCCCGGAGAGGACUUCCUGUGCCUGGAAGGCAAAGACUUCAACCAGCAGAUUCGCAAUGACAGAGGAGAGGUUGAACAAGAGCGUCUUGACAAGGUCUGGCCUAAACUGCGUGUUCUGGCUCGUUCCUCGCCAACAGACAAACACACUCUGGUUAAAGGCAUCAUUGACAGCACAGUUGGAGAAACCAGACAGGUGGUGGCUGUGACUGGAGAUGGCACUAAUGACGGACCUGCCCUUAAAAAAGCAGAUGUUGGCUUUGCUAUGGGUAUUGCGGGCACAGAUGUUGCAAAGGAGGCCUCUGACAUCAUCCUUACCGAUGACAACUUCACCAGUAUCGUCAAAGCUGUGAUGUGGGGGCGCAAUGUCUAUGACAGCAUCUCCAAGUUUCUGCAGUUUCAAUUGACUGUCAAUGUGGUGGCAGUGAUUGUUGCCUUCACUGGGGCCUGCAUCACACAGGACUCCCCACUUAAAGCCGUUCAGAUGUUGUGGGUAAAUCUGAUAAUGGAUACUCUGGCUUCUUUGGCUCUGGCAACAGAACCCCCAACAGAAGCGCUCCUGCUGAGGAGACCUUACGGACGAGACAAGCCACUCAUUUCCAGGACUAUGAUGAAGAACAUUUUGGGUCAUGCUGUUUACCAGCUUAUCAUCACAUUUACUCUUCUCUUUGCUGGUGAGAAAAUCUUUAACAUUGAUAACGGCCGCAACUCCCCUCUGCACUCCCCACCAUCCGAACACUACACCAUAAUCUUCAACGUCUUCGUCAUGAUGCAGCUUUUCAAUGAGAUCAAUGCCCGCAAAAUCCACGGAGAGAGGAACGUGUUUGAGGGAAUUUACAGGAACCCCAUUUUCUGCUGCGUUGUUCUGGGAACCUUUGCUCUGCAGAUAGUCAUAGUGCAGUUUGGAGGGAAGCCGUUCUCUUGCACGGCCCUCACCAUUGAUCAGUGGCUCUGGUGUGUCUUCAUAGGAGUUGGUGAGCUGCUUUGGGGUCAGUUCAUCUCUGCCAUCCCCACACACCGCCUCAAAUUCUUGAAGGAGGCUGGUCACGGCAUCCCUAAAGGGGACCUCCCUCAGGAGGUGCUAACUGAAGGUGCAGAUGAAAUUGACCUUGCUGAGAUGGAGCUGCGCAGAGGACAGAUCCUCUGGUUCAGAGGACUUAACCGCAUCCAGACUCAGAUGGACGUGGUUUAUACAUUCCAGACGGGCCAAACAGCGGUGCCUGGGGCCCUGCGUCGCCAGCCCUCCGUGGCCAGCCAGCAGAACGACAUUAAGGUGGUGAACGCAUUCCGCAGCUCCCUAUACGAGGGCCUAGAGAAGCCAGAAUCCAAAAGCUCCAUCCAUAACUUCAUGUCCCACCCUGAGUUUUUACCCCUCUACGAGGAGGAACCCCGCGUCCCCACGAUAGACGAGGGCUGUGUAGAUAUUGGGCACCUCCCCUCCUCUUCCAGAAACGGAGGUGGCGGCGAACCCCCGGACCGCUCUCUUCACAGCCAUGAAUUCCCUGUGUGACCCUCACAUCAUUCUCCAGUGCAACUGCCCCAAAAUCAUUUUUUGUUCUGUUUAUUGUGUUUUUAAAACCUGUGCACCACUCCUUCGGUGGAAACCUGCUGAUGCACAUCUGAGAGACAGCAGCACUUACUGCAGCCGAUGGGGCGACUACGGUCCCUUUCACCUCUCCUCCAUCCUCCCCACCCCUCUGCCCCUCUCAACUUGCACUGUGUGGCGACAGCAGCACACUGUAAGUUCAUGCGGCUGUGCUGCGGCCGAUGUGACACAUGGCCUAACUUACACACUAGAGGGCGACGCUGUGGCAAAUGUCCUCUCAGCCUGUCACUGGCAUUUUUAUCUCUUCUACAGUUGUGAUUUUUCGCAUUUUAUAUUGUCUUGUUUAAUGCUGUAAUCUUUUUUGUUAUUUGUCCCAGGACUCUCAGUAAAAAAGUUUUUUUUUUUUUUCUGAUACAGCCGAUUAUAUACAUGCACUCAAUUGCUGUUUGAAAAGAUUUCUCUCGCUUUUUUCGCUCUCUUGAUUCGCUUCGUUUUAAGGUGGAUUGAAAAAAAGCUACUUCUGUUCUUUUAGUUUUUAAAAUGAUUUGAUGAUCAAAUGGAUGUUUUAAGUAGUUCAGGCACACUACAUUUUUGUCCUGUUUUCAGGGGUUAUCAUACAAUGCUGUUUGGCUCAUUUUGGGUUUCCUGUCACUUUAUUUGUACAGAUGUAAGGCUGAUAUAGUGAACGUUAGCAGAGUAAAAUACUAUAAUAAACUUAUUUGAUAGCUAAGUUAAGAAUACCUGAUUGGCUCUUAAGGGGGCAGGGAGGACACAUCAUCUCAUCGAAAUCACACCCAGUGGGCAUCUCUAGUCUCUUGUUAAUGCUCAUCUUCCUCAAAACAAAUGACUGGCUAAUUGACCAAGUACUUUAUCAAAGGUACAGCACUUCAUCAUAGUGUGCAUGUAUCUGUCUUUAGGUUCAUCUGUGUCUGGUUGUAUGGGAAUGGUAAUUGUAAUACUAAUCUUUUAUGGGAUAAUGACUAAUGAAUAGGAUUUUCCUUUUUCUUGUUUCCUCUUUCAGAAAAAAAAAUGCGAUAGGAAUGAUUCUGUAUGUGUGUACUUUCAAAUCCAGUCUUUUUCUCAUCUCAGCUCUGCAGUUAGGUGUUUUACCUAUCUAACAUAAGGCUUUGUUCCACAUAAAGUCCAUGUUACUCAGCCAUCACUGGUAGAGCUCCAAAAUCCCAUCCCUGAACUAAGGAUACUGCACGUAGUAAGCAUGCCUUUUCUAUUUAAAAAAAGAGAAAGAAAACAUUCAAACACACAAUAGCAUGCAGCAAGGGCCUCUGUUGGACCCUGUGAGCUCUGUUGAAACCUGGGUGACAAACUAGAUUGGACUGUUUUCAUAAGAGUCCAGCCUCAACGACAUGUGCUUUUUAUUAGCCGAAACAUACUACUGCCAUAGAACGACCUUCCUCUCAUACCAAUCUAGUGGAUUCCUCAAAUUACAACGUUUUCUACUUGCUCAGAGCCAUAUUUUAUAGAUUGUUCUUUUAUAUCCCAUUUUUGCUGUUUAUUUUGUAUUUCCAACCAAAUAAAAUAAAAUAAAAACACAGAGAGUCACUGCCUAAAGAAAAAAAAGGAAAAAAUCCCUAGAUGGACCACUUUAAUGUUUACGGAAAGGUUCCACAGCCGUUGGCUGAUGCUGCACUUCCCCCUACUGGCAGUUUUUGUUAUUUCAUUUAAGUGGAACAUGGUAUGUUAUUGUGGGUAAGCAUGCAUGGAUUUCAUAUAAAACUCAGUGCUUUGUUCCUUUUUUUACAAUUGUUCUGUAUUUUUAUAUUAAGUACUUUUUAAUAUUUUGGAAAAAUAUAUAAAUAUAGGUGUAUAGGCCAGAGAGUUUGGUGACAGACAAAUUAGUAAAAUAAGCAGUUGAGUAUAUAUAUGUAUGCCACGUUUGUAACCAAAUGCGGCGUCAGGUUCGAUGUUCGAGCUGAGAAAGUUCCAUGUUUACCCCAAAGUCAAGGGGUCUGGUCGAGUUUUCAAUUGAAUGGCCUUAUCCUGAAUAGUGUACUCCAAAUCUGCAGCCAUGGGUUAAUGUGCUGGCUGUGCAAAGUCUUUAAAAUAAUAUUAUUUGCCACAUAAUUUGAAUCUAUUGAACUUAAGUCGAGAAAUGUUAAAGGUUUUGAGGUUUUCAGACUCAACUUUUAUGUUCUUUUAGACUGAUAAAACAUGAUUUAUUUUCUGUAUCACCCAUUAAGUGUUGGCUAUCGAAAAUCAUUACAUAUUCUCUGUGUUGUCAUUUUAACUUUGAUUUGUCUUUGUGAAAACAUUUUUGUCAAAUGCAGCUCUGGAUGUAAAUUAGGCACACAUACUGUAUGUUACACGAAAAUACCUAUGUAUUUGACUUCAUUUGGAAGCAGUCAAACGGUUUCCAGUUAGAGCUUUAUAUAAAUUCUGCCAAAGUGUUGCUUUGUACAGUCAGUUCUGACUUAUGUCUUUGUUCUUGUUCAUUUGGAAUAACUUAUAACUGGAAAAAAAAUUCUUUUUUUGGAAAUUUCUUUACCAUGAGGAUCUAAAAUAUGCCCCUUCAUUUUUAUUUUUUCAUUACUUGAUCAUAAUAGGUGCAGAAAAAAAGGGGGAAAUGAUCAAAACCAUUUCUGUUAUUGCACAUGUUUUUCUCUCUCACAUUGUGUAAACUGAGAAUCGCUUCAAGGUGUCGUGCAAUAACUUUGAAUUUUAAUGCAUUACUACUCUACUGAAAUUUUCUGACCGUUCUUGUUUGCUUGGUUGGGGACGGGAGGAAAUGAUACACCACAUCUGUAAAUAAAAUAUUGUUUUAAAACUGGAAUAUAACAAAGUUAUAACCACUUAUUUUGCAUAUAUUUAGUCUUAAUUACAACUGGUGUUGAGUGAAAUGAAAAAUUGUAUUUGAUUACAGGGAAAGCAGUCAAUGGAACAUCUGAUUUCUGUAAUUCCUAUGAAACACAGUAAUAUACACUGGUGUUAUUUUUGUAUAAACAUAAUAUCAUCUAUGUGGCAUGCAUUACUUAUUAACAAAUUGGUGGUUUGAAGCAAUAUGUACAAUCUGGUGAGAUUGAUAUUUUUAGUGUCCUGUGUAGCUUAAGCCACGCUGUACUUUGGGGGGAAAAAACUGUUUUGGAAAAAAAAUCUUAAUUGUUCAAUAUAUGUGUUCAAUGUUCUGCAUGAUUACAUAUGGAAUGAGGCAUCCCCAGAUGUUUACUUGUUUCCAAAAUGAAUGUGAAACAGACACACUUUCAUCAAUAGACUCUGCAAAGGAAACGCACACUGACUCGAUGCUGUUUUCGAGAAGAAUGCUCUGCGUGUACUGCGGAGAUAAAAGGGUCUCGUUUCUUGUCUAGACAUCAUGAGAGAGCACUACUCCAUUACAUUUCCUAAUUACUGGGGUGUGGGAACUGGGGAAUGACUGCCAGAGUAUGCGUUUGAACAAUCUGGUCUUUUUACCAGUUACACUUGGCUUUGGCUUCAUUUCGUUACUUUUAUAGCCAUAAGCCGUGGCUGUCGAUUGAACUGCUUAAUUACAGAGUGUUACAAGCUUUGAUGUUCCAUCACCUUAUUGUGUGGGUUACCAAAUCCAUCCAGACAGCUCCCUCUCAUCCAUGCAUGAUCCAUCAAAGAUGAAAGACAUAUUCAAGGUAGGCAAGUCAUACUCGAGUCCCUAUCUCCCUCUCCUGAAAUACACUGAUUCCCUUUACUCUCUUUAUUCCUACCCUUUGCCUCUAUUUGAGGGCUUUGAGAGAGAGAGAGAGCAUUGUUUAAUAAUCUUAUACAAGAUGGGUUUAGUUAUUUACAUAAGUCAAUGAAGGUGUAGUCUUAAUAAAUCCAGAAACAUAGCUGUCUUUAUUUAUUAAGGCAUGUGAAAUACACUUACAAUUAGGUUCUUUAUUGGCAUACGCCAUACGGUGUAUAUGGUUCCAUUAAGAACCGUUAACAUCCAUGGAAUCUUUCCAAUCUGCAAAAGGUUCUUUAGUUUAAAAUAUUCUUUAUACUAAGAGGCCGUUCACAUAGAACAGAAUUCUUUUCCUCAUUCCACUAUGAUCAAUUCCAUUGUUUUGUAUGUAAACGUGCUAGACGGCAUUAUAAAGAUGCAGUACUCAAGUCAGUCAUGUAAGAGACCUUGCAUUUUUCACCAUUCCACUGCCAGUUUCUCAUGAUUUUCAAAGCUAAAUUGUGUGAAUGGACCUAAGAAAAAAAAGUUAUUCUAAGAACUGUCCACUGAAAGGUUCUUCAGGAAAUAAUGUUUCUCCUAUGUGAUCAAUGUAAAAACACCUUCAUUUUUAAGAGUAGAUUGUAGCAUGUCAUUUCCAUUUAUUCCUGUUUUGUAUGUGUGUGGGUGUGAGGCAUUCAUAAUCAGAAUGACUUUAGCUAUUAAAAUUAGGUUUCUGUUUUACUUUUAGUUCUUUUACUGAACAGGAUCUCUCUGAAGGACAAGGGCUUUGCAUAUAGGGAGGGACAAAAUGUCACUUUUCAGAGACCAACAUUUUUUUUAUCUCUAGGAUCACAGAAGUGCCAAUGGACCACAUGGACAACCUGCACCACUGUGUCUGAUUGAUUUAGUUCAGAGAAAUUGAUUAAAAAUGAAAGAAUAAAAAACCCUGUCUUUGAUCAUUGGUUUUGGGAAAGUGUGGUGGCCUUAAUAGAUUCCAGCUGAAAGUGAAUCUGAUUUGUAUUUAUUUGGAAUAAUUUCAUUUAAAAUGUUGACUGGUGGAUCUAAAAAGCCCAAUGUGUCCCAGUGUCCUGUCUGUUUACAGUCUUUUUAAAAUGACAGAGAAUAUGUGCUCACCUAAUGUAAAGUCGUUUUAAGGGCUAUACAGUGACAGUAGGGGGAUAUACUGUUACUGAAUCUGUCUAAUAAUGAGAAGUUGAUUCAAAAUGUUCUUGUCGGAAAGCAUUGUACACUCACUUGGUUUGUUUUUCAAUCAAAGUGGUGGUUGAGCUCUUUUUGAUUAAUACUAAAUACAUGUAAAGUUGAUCCAGCUGUGUACCUAAGGCUGCAUGAUAGGGAAAAAUCACCUUAAGCAGUGGAAUUACCAUUUCAUUGAUUAUCAAUGUGCACUUGGAAUGAAUAGUUGAGUAUGUGUUUUGGAUUCUAACAAUAAAGUGUGUGUGUGUGUGUGUUUUAGAGAAAAUCUUGGUUUGAUGGUCAUGAACGGUGUCUGCGGUCAGUGUGUGUUUUAAUUGGCAAAAAAAUUCAAAUCCAGAUUUUGUUGAGCCCUUCUUUCAUUUAGCUUUUGUGAGAAUCACUAUCAUGCUGAAAUGUUAGUCUUGCUUGCAUCAAACUAUGCAACAGAUUCAUUGGAUUUGAAUAUGAUUAAUUUAUUAUUCUUUCAGUUGUCAUAACAAUGCUCUCUCUCUUUCUCUGUUUCUUUCUGUACGCUUGCUUUCUUUUGUUGAAGUGAAUUCAGUCAUGCCCAUAUUUCAUUAUACUAACACAAGUGUAUUAUCAAUGUAAUGUUCUUUACUUUUUUGUAAUAUAUGAGUAUGUGGAAUGCCUUGUACUUUAUGUCCUGUCAUUUAAAAUCUAACAGAACAAAUGAAAAUAGGAUAACCGAGCGAUUGAAGUCAGUUAUUAUAUAAACCAUAUAUAUAUAUACACACAAACAAAUCUAUAUAUAUAAAUAAAGCCAUUAGAAUUUGAAAUACA